AUGAAGAUUCAGUAUCUAAUUACUGCUACUGCGCUUGUUGCAGUCACCGCGGCUAAGCCGCACCACUUGCACCGUCGCGUCCACGCCAAUGGUCCGGCCAAGCGUGGCACUAUCUUCGUACCUGCUGCAGUGGAGACAGAGAUCGUGUACUGGCUCGAUGAUCACGAGAUAUCAGAGGAAGAAGUCAACCAGGGUAUCACCAACGGCACUUUGAUGUGGGGAAACGAUGGUGUUUUGUCGACAUCAACUAGCAGUUCUGUCGCAUUGCCUACUCCGCCUCCAGCCUCCGAUCAUGAGAUUCAGGUCCCCAAGCCAACACCAGGACCUACUCCCGAGAAGCCUGUGGACGAGGUCAAGCCUGUCGCACCCGAACCUCAGAAGCCUGCACCACCACCAGAGACGCCACCCAUCGACCCUGCACAGAGCCCUUCCCAGGAUAGGCCGCCUGUACAGCAGUCGGGCACUUCGUCGAGGCCUUGGGCAGACAUGGUCGAUAAGGACGGCCACUGUGCUGAGUGCGACAGGAAAUUCCCGGACGGCACGAUCCUUUGUACAGAGUUCCCUUACGGCUAUGGCGCUUUACCUACAGCUCAAGAAGGCUUGGGAGGCUGGUCGGGUAUCCAAGAUCCCCAAUAUGCCGGAGCAGAUGGCUUCGAUGACAUUACUACCGUCCCAAAGGGGUCGUGUUCAGACGGCACUUGCUGCACAACCGGUAGCUUCUGUUCCUAUGGUUGCCCUAACCCUUACCUCAAGGCUUCAUUCCCCUCUAUUCAAGGCAGAACAGGUCAGAGCGUCGGUGGCUUAUAUUGCAACAAAAGACGGGUUUCUGGAGAUGGCCGACGGCAAAAUCGCAGACACGCUAUGCGUGCAAGGAUCACAGCAUAUGGGCGUGAAGGUGCAAAACAAGCUGUCAAAAUCCGUCUCUUUCUGCCGCACAGACUAUCCAGGUAUGAAAUCUGCUCACAAACUUUAGAUAAUCCCUCACGUACAGUAGGCACUGAGUCCAUGACUUUCCCAGUCACUGUUGGCCCUGGAGAGACUGGCUUCCUAGCCAACCCUGAUCAGCAGAAAUACUUUUUCUGGCAAGGUAAGAAAACAUCGGCUCAGUACUACGUCAAUAAACAGGGUGUACCAGAAAGUGAGGCUUGCACUUGGGGUACACCGAUGGGGGGUAAGGGUAACUGGGCACCCGCAGUCUUCGGAACAUCCUUCGACGAUGGUCCAGCGAACCAGGGCUUCUCCAGCAUAAAGCAGAACGAACUAUGCAAGCAAGAGCGACUCCGUUACGAUAUCACUUUCGUUGGUGAUGGUGUUGUCUCUCCUUGCAGGUACAAGAGCGCGACAAACCAGUGGUGUGAAGGCGACACCUGUUGGGAAGACCCGGAUCGGGGCUGCACUGCCGGGAUUAAACAUGGCGAUCUCAUGGUUGUACUAUCGGACGGGUAG